AUGGGAAACAAGACCUCCUUCAACAGCAACAACAAAAACACAACGACCUCCGAGGUUAUACAUCGACUCGAUGCGUCAAAUGAAUGGACACUCACCGAUCAACUCAGUGGGGUGUUUUAUGGACAUGAAUAUUCGCUGGACUAUUAUGUGGGGUUUGAGAAGAGUAAGAAGGCACGUUUUUCCCAAAGUUCAAAUUUUUCAAGUUUUCAACAACCCCAGCAACAGUCACGCAAAAUUAUUUUACAAAUUCAAUCGGCACCUUGUUCCAGGUGUAUAGUUUCCGAUGCACCUGCAACCACUUUUAGUGAAUGUGAUUCUUCAUCGAGUCGUAAUUCUGAGAAUAACGCUGCCCACUCAACACAUUAUACGUUCUAUGUUGGGAAAGAUACGAACGAAGUCUUAUGUGUGUCUGCGCCGAAUAACAACAACUCUCCUCAUGGUCAUUCAACAUCCACAACGCCCCAAAUAACCUCCUCCUGGAGUCACUAUCCUGUUGAUGCUCAUGUAUAUAGCAAACUGAUUGAGCAUGUAAGCCGAAGUACAUUCCACCUCCGAGCCGUCACACUCAAUUCUGAGAAUAGCCCUCAUUCGCUACAGAAAAUUCAAUUAUGUAAAUAUGUAUCAUCGAACGCCACAAAUCAAGCUGAGGAGACAGCAACUUUUGAAAGAGAAGAUGCUCCAAGUAUUAUUGGAGCAAGUUCCUUUAUUUGUAAAUACAAGCAACGACGAAGUGGAGAGUCUGAAGUACUCUGUGAGGAUCUUCAAUUGGCCUUCAUGAAUUUUGUAUUGAGGAGCACUGAAGAAAUAUUCAAGCAUGAACAUAUAUCAGAGCGAUGA